AUGAACCUGCAGUGCAGUCAGUCCUUUCAGCAAGCAGACACCAGGCAGCUGGAGUGCAAUCCUGAGGAAACCGACAGGGCGAAGUUCGGCGUGCGCUCCGCGGUGGAGGCUCCACUCCGCGCUCCUGCGCGAGGAUCGCUGCCGCUCGGCUCCCCGGAUACCACAGGGAUGCUUUUCCCCUCGCGCUCCCUGGCGGGGUGGAAACAGCUGUGCCCACUGCCCUCGCCCGCGGUCGGGGAGGCCGGAGACGGGCAGAGCAAACUCGCCCUCUUAAUUUUUUUUUUCUUACGAUGCCCCACCCUUGCGGACUCGAAACGACUACAAAAAGAACUGUUGGCUUUGCAGAAUGACCCACCUCCUGGAAUGACUUUAAAUGAAAAGAGCGUUCAGAAUUCAAUCACCCAGUGGAUCGUAGACAUGGAAGGUGCACCAGGAACCUUAUAUGAAGGGGAAAAAUUUCAACUUCUGUUUAAAUUUAGUAGUCGAUACCCUUUUGACUCUCCUCAGGUCAUGUUUACUGGUGAAAAUAUUCCUGUUCAUCCUCAUGUGUAUAGCAAUGGUCAUAUCUGUUUAUCCAUCCUAACAGAAGACUGGUCCCCGGCGCUCUCAGUGCAAUCGGUCUGUCUCAGCAUUAUCAGCAUGCUUUCCAGCUGCAAAGAAAAGAGACGACCACCAGAUAAUUCCUUUUAUGUGCGAACAUGUAACAAGAAUCCAAAGAAAACAAAAUGGUGGUAUCAUGAUGAUACUUGUUGA